UCCCCGGACGGAGACGCUCUCUUUCAGAGUGUUUCUCUGCUGUUUCCUAUUGUGAGCUGCAGCCUUUACUGUGGGUUCUGUUUCUGAGCCUGGCUGAACUUUGACGUAAAGGACGAUGAACACGUGACCUUUUCACUGUAAACCACCGGUUGCAUCAUCUCUGACGUGUUGCAGUUCGAGUCAGAGCUGAUGUUACACAAUCAAAUACCUGAGGAUGAGUCAUUUUGCAUCGGGGCCGAUGUUUCUUAAUCCCACCUGUUGAAUGUGAGAGGAGCCAACAGGCCACAUUCCUUUGUUCAGGCUUAGUGCCCAGCUGUUAAAUGUCAUUCAGGUGUUUGUGACCAGACGGAGAAAGAAGCUCCAGCUGCGACGAGACUCUGAGAUCAGCCAAACAAGCAGAAGCCAUCAUGACCACCACCAUGGUCGUCACGCAGCCUCAGCCCGCGAUGAUUUCCCGGGAAUCCCAGGAAUGGUCGUCUGGGAUCUGCGACUGCACCCAGGACGUUCCCGAGUGCUGCUUCGCUUUCUGGUGCCUUCCCUGCUUCACCUGCAUCACAGCCAAGAAGUACGGGGAGUGUCUGUGCCUCCCCCUGCUGGACUACAUCGGGUUCGGCGGCUGCAUCCCGGCGGUCACCAUGUCCAUGAGGGCGUCCAUGAGGCAGCGAUACGGCAUCCAGGGAACCAUGUGUAAGGACUGUGCUUUCUCCACCUUCUGCGUACCAUGCGUCUGGUGUCAGAUGUCCAGAGAAAUGAAGGCGAGGAACAUCCAGAUCGUGAUGGUCGGCGCCAAACACACGAACCCUCCAGCCGCUCACUACAGUAAACGCUGAGCUGCUGAGCCACUGUACAAAGACAUGUGACGGAGGACGAGCCUCAGCCAGUAGCCAAUAAACAGACGUUAUAGAAACGCAA